AUUUCAAUUCGAAUAAUACUGGUUGUGAAAGUUGAAAGUGAGCGUUGUAGUGGAGGUUCGUCGACGGCGGUGGCUGAGUCGUGAAAAUUUGGAUUGCUCAAUUAAAUUGGGUUUUAGAUUCGAAAACGUUUAACCUGACGAAAUUACUGAAUUAUCCCUCCCAUUUCCAAAUCCAAAACCUGCGUUUGAAGAAACCUAUAUCUGUUUCUAUUCAAUUUCAAACCUAAACAUUACCGAAAAGGCAACCGCACGAAUUCCGACGAGAUGAUAUCGGAUUCGGAGCUGAUCGAGCGGUUGCGCGAUGCCCUCAGCAAGUCCGACCUCUCCACCACCACUAACACCACCCUCCGCCGCCGCCUUGAGGAGGAAUUAGGCAUCGAUUUGUCUGAUAGGAAGGCUUUUAUUAGGGAGCAGGUCGAUAUAAUCAUGCAGGGACCAUUUCAAAAUGAUGACAGAAUUGGUGAUGAAGGAUCGCCGGAAGCAGAGGAAGAGGAAGAGGAUGAGGUAGAAGAAUCGUCAAAUUCUGGCACCGUUAAAAAAGUCUCUAAAAAUUCUGGCACCGUUAAGAAAGGAUCUAGGACAAAGGACAACGAGGAGGUCAAAAAGAGAGGUGGAGGGUUUACGAAGCUAUGCAGCCUUUCCCCAGAGCUUCAGAAAUUCACCGGGGUACCAGAAUUGGCUCGAACUGAGGUUGUCAAGCAACUUUGGGUGCACAUUAAAGAGAAUAAUUUGCAAGAUCCUUCCAAUAGGAAGAGUAUAAUCUGCGAUGAUACAUUGAACAAGCUUUUUGGUGUAGAUACCAUAGAUAUGUUUCAGAUGAACAAGGCCCUGACAAAGCAUAUAUGGCCCUUGGAUUCUGAUGGUGCCUCAGUAGCAGCAUCAGUUGAUUCUGCACCCAAGGUGAAGCAGAAGAAGAAAGCAAAAGAUGAAGUUGAAGAUGAGCCAAAGAGAAAAGGGAAGCGGCAGAGAGGUGGGAAUUCGGCCUUUCUUGCUCCUAUUAAACUAUCUGAUGCAUUAGUGAAGUUCCUUGGCACUGGAGAAAGUGCACUUCCUCGUUCUGAUGUUGUUAAGAGGAUCUGGGAUUACAUCAAGCUCAACAACCUGCAGGAUCCAUCGGACAAAAGACAAAUACUAUGCGAUGAGAAGCUGAAAGAACUUUUUAAUCUUGAUACCUUCUGUGGAUUUACAGUUUCGAAACACCUAACUGCUCAUUUCAUAAAGACUGAACAGGUCAAGGCUCCAUUAACUGGCUCAAAAGGACUGGGGUGGGGGAUUGAAGACACUGAAUCGAUCAGUGUUUUGUAGGUUACACAUGGUGAAAAAAAGAUCACUUUAAUCAAGUGUACUAUCUAGUUUUGAGGCAUGAAAGGAGUAUUCUUCACUUUUGCUAUGAGAAAAAAAUUGGAAGGUUUGCGUUUUUUGUUUUAUUUUGAUGUUUCAUAUGGAUAUUCAUUACAUGAAAUUUUCUUAUGCUUUGUAUAGGUAAUAAUAUUGUUUUUGCAGUCACUUGAUUAUUGAUGGGGCUUCCACGUAUUGGUGCAAGCCUAUUCAGCAUAGGUAUACCAUUGGGUAUCUCCUUAUGAAUCGGCCUGCGGUGCCUUCCUCCAAAGUUUAGUAAUCUACACGUUACUACGUUAGUAAGUUCACACUCUCCUAACUUCACCUGUUGAGAGCAUAUGGCACCUAGCCCCUAAAUAGUUCAUAGAAUCUGCGGCCCAACAGCUGUAUAUGCCGGCAAUCCUACUUUCCAUGGAAGAUGAACAUAUUUUACAUCUUGGAGUUACAAAACUUUGCCUUAUUUAUGUUAAUAAAAUCUUUGCCUUCUCUGCUCCACUGCCGUUUUGUCACCUUCUUGAUUUUUUAAAUUAUUUGUCAGGUUGUACGUCACACAUAGGUUCUCUAAAUAAUUUGCAUACUUUUAUGAGAAAUUAUCUGCUUGAUUUUGAAGUUGAGAUAAGAGUUCAUAGUCUUGGAUUUUAACUGUGCUUUUCUAGGUCUUCACUAAUGGACCUUCUCCUUUUUUAGAGCUGCAAAAUAGAACAUUGAACUUGGUGAGCAUCUUGUGGCCCCUCGCUCUCUGCAUGAAGAAAAUAAAUUGUCACAGGAUUUUGUUACCUUGAAUAAGCUGGAAUCUUGUUUUCUAUGAUGUUUAAACUUGACAAGAAGCAGAUGCAAAGUGGAAAAGAUGUGGCUUUUCCACAGAUGCACAGGGAAUCAACAUGGGAUAUUUAUGUGCAGAUUUUGUUUGAAAAAUACAAGUGUUGUGGAAUCUGUUUGUUUUGUGUUUUUUUGGGGAUUCAAUUUUUGUUUCCGAACUUAUCGUCUUGUCUGGACUCUGGAUCGUGAAUAAUCACAGGUUACGGUUCCCAAGUUAAAGAAUCCACGAAAACACAAAAUGGUGGUGGCUUUCACAAAAUGCUCUGCCGUUAAGAUGAGAUUUUGAGGACUAUCCAUCUCUAUUAUGCUUGAAAUUAUGUUUCUCCUUUCCCCAAGAUGGGAAUAUUCUUUGUUGAGAAUCGACGUGUCUUCUUCUUCUUCUCCUCCUGUUGCAAGUGUAAGUAUAGGGACUGCAGAGCAAUAUAUGCAUCACUUGUUUAUCAUGCCAAGCUAGAUUAUAUAGCAGUUGCAUUUUUUAUAUAGUUGUAGCAAAAUGGUGAAGUGGUUUGGCAUUGGACAAACAACAAAAAAAGGGGCAGUCCAAUUGUGCAAUAACAGAAACAUGUACUUGAACUAUAUUUCCAAUCAAAUGAUAUUUAUGGCAGCAUUUUUACGCAUUGAAAAAUUGGUAA